AUUGUCGCUGUCCGGGUCAUGGCUGCUCGCUCUGUUGAAGAAUCAUUUCCCCUUCACGGGCUGCUCCCCAAAAAAGAGACCGGUGCCGCUAAUUUCUUGAAGAAAUUUGCCGAAUAUGAUGGACGAGGCGUGCUUAUCGCUAUCCUUGAUACCGGUGUGGACCCCGGGGCGCCCGGCAUGCAGAUCACCACAGAGGGGAAUCCCAAAAUUGUGGACAUCAUCGAUACGACCGGUAGCGGCGAUGUCAACAUGUCCACGGUAGUGGAGCCCAAUGAUGAGGAAGUUAUUGGGCUCUCAGGACGCACACUUAAGAUCCCUUCUGCCUGGGUUAACCCGUCUGGGAAAUAUCACAUCGGAGUCAAGAACGGCUAUGAAUUUUUCCCCAAACCUCUUAAAGAGAGAAUACAGAAAGAGCGCAAGGAGAAGAUGUGGGAUCCGGCUCACAGAGCAGCUCUAGCCGGGGCCAGUCGCAGGACGGAGGAGUUUGACCUGGCUCACCCAAACCCCUCACAGACGGAGAAGCUUCAGAAGGAGGAGUUGCAGUGUCACACAGAGCUGUUAGGCACACUGGAGAAGAAGUACAGCGACCCGGGUCCGGUGUACGACUGUGUGUCCUGGCACGAUGGCAUCACCUGGAGGGCGGUCGUGGACACUUCAGAGAGUGGAGAUCUCGCGUCCUGUACGGUGCUGAGCUCCUACAGAGAGAGACAGGAGUACGCCACGCUGGGAGACGCGGAGAUGCUGAAUUACUCCAUCAACAUCUACGAUGAGGGAAAUACGCUCUGCAUUGUGACUAGCGGUGGUGCCCAUGGGACUCACGUUGCCAGCAUCGCGGCAGGUUACUUCCCAGAGGAGCCAGAAAGAAACGGCGUGGCCCCCGGUGCUCAGGUCCUGGCGCUGAAAAUCGGAGAUACUCGGCUGAGCACGAUGGAGACAGGAACAGGCCUCAUCAGAGCGAUGAUUGAAGUAAUCAACUACAAAUGCGACCUCGUGAACUACAGCUAUGGGGAGGCGACGCAUUGGCCAAACUCAGGGAGAAUCUGUGAAGUGAUCAGCGAGGCUGUGCAGAAACAUAACGUCAUGUUUGUAUCGAGUGCCGGAAACAACGGGCCGUGCCUCUCCACCGUGGGCUGUCCUGGAGGAACGACGAGCAGCGUUAUAGGCGUUGGUGCGUACGUCACCCCUGACAUGAUGGUCGCAGAGUAUUCACUGAGAGAGAAGCUGCCUCCUAACCAGUACACUUGGUCCUCUAGGGGCCCAACGACAGACGGGGCUCUGGGUGUUAGCAUUAGCGCUCCGGGAGGGGCCAUCGCUUCUGUUCCCAACUGGACUCUGCGUGGUACACAGCUGAUGAACGGCACCUCCAUGUCCUCACCCAACGCAUGUGGAGGCAUCGCACUGAUAAUCUCAGGUUUAAAGCAGAAUGGGUUGCGACCCACAGUCGCGGCUGUGAGACGCGCUUUGGAAAACUCGGCUCAGAAAGUGGACGACAUUGAAGUGUUUGCACAGGGUCACGGCAUCAUUCAGGUGGAAAGGGCGUUCGACUACCUCAUGCAGCAUGCCUCCUCCCCCACGGACAGUCUGGGCUUCGCGGUUACCGUAGGGAAUCAGCGGGGUAUCUACCUCAGGGACGCUGUUCAGGUGUCCACUCCUUCUGAUCACGGAGUGGGCGUUGAGCCCGUCUUUCCGGAAAACACGGAGAACUCGGUGCGGAUCUCGCUGCAGUUGCACCUGGCGCUCACGUGCAGUGCGCCGUGGGUGCAGUGCCCCUCACAUCUGGAGCUGAUGAACCAGUGCAGGCAUUUUAAUGUGCGCGUUGACCCACAGGGUCUGCGAGAGGGACUGCAUUACACCGAGGUGUGUGCUUUCGAUACCUCAGCGCCCAGUGCAGGUCCUCUCUUCAGAGUGCCCAUCACAGUCAUAAUCCCCACAAAAGUCACACAGAACCAGAAGCACGAGGUCUCUUUCACAGACGUUCACUUUAGACCGGGUCAGAUACGACGGCACUUCUUCACCGUACCUCAAGGAAGCUCCUGGGCUGAGAUCACGUUAACCUCUCACUCCAGUGACGUCUCCUCUAAGUUCGUCCUUCAUGCCGUGCACCUGGUGAAGCAGAGAGCUUACAGAGCUCAUGAGUUCUACAAGUUCUCCUCACUGCUGGAGAAGGGCUCGUUCACUGAGGCUUUUCCCGUGCUGCCUGGUCGGACUGUAGAGAUGUGCAUCGCCCGCUGGUGGGCCAGUCUCGGUGACGUUGUUAUAGACUACAGCAUUUCUUUUCAUGGACUGCAGACGUCUCCGUCUCCUCUUCAUAUCCUUGCUUCUGAAGGCAUAUCAAGCUUUGAAGUCUCAUCACCUCUUAAAUAUGAGGAAGUCUCUCCAGCCAUCACUCUGAAGAACUGGGUACAGCCCCUCAGGCCGGUCAAUUCCAAAAUAAAAGCGCUUGGCACUAGAGACAUCUUGCCCAACAGCCGUCAGCUUUAUGAAAUUGUCCUCGCAUACAGCUUUCAUCAGCCUAAAAUUGGAGAGGUAACACCGAGCUGUCCCAUCCUGUGUGAGCUGCUGUACGAGUCAGAAUUUGACAGUCAGCUUUGGCUCCUCUUUGACCAGAACAAGAGGCUCAUGGGCUCUGGAGACGCUUAUCCUCACCAGUACUCUCUGAAGCUGGAGAAAGGCGACUACACCAUCCGGCUUCAGGUUCGGCAUGAGCAGCAGAGUGAGCUGGAGCGAUUGAAAGAUUUACCGUUUGUAGUCUCCCAUCGCCUCUCUAACACGUUGAGCCUGGACAUGUACGAGACACACCGUGGAGCCAUGCUGGCUAAGAAGAAGGUGAACUCGCUGACCCUCGCUCCGGGGAGCACACAGCCGUUCUACAUAACCUCCCUGCCAGAUGACAAGAUCCCUAAAGGUACAGGUCCAGGGUGCUACAUGACCGGCUCCCUGGUCGUGCCCAAGAGCGAGUACGGCAAAAAAGCAGGCCAAGCCUCAGCCAAACGCCAAGGAAAAUUUAAAAAGGACAUCGUGCCGAUCGUCUAUCACCUGAUCUCGGCCCCCAACAAAUCAAAGAACGGAGGGAAGGAGCGGGAGAAGGAUGGCGAGAAGGAAAAGGAUGUGAAGGAGGAGUUUUCUGAAGCCCUGCGAGACUUGAAGAUCCAGUGGAUGACAAAAUUGGAUAACAACACUUUAUAUGAUGAGCUGAAGGAGAACUUUGCGAAUUAUCUUCCUCUUCAUGUCCAAAGGCUACAUCAGCUUGAUUCAGAGAAGGAACGGUUAAAGCGACUGAGUGACAUCGUGGCAGCAGCCGACAUCGUUAUCUCUCACAUCGACCAGACUGCUCUGGCCAUCUAUCUCACCAUGAAAACAGACCCUCGUCCAGACGCAGCAACCAUAAAGAGUGAUAUGGAGAAGCAGAAGUCCUCGCUGCUGGACGCUCUUUGCAGGAAAGGUUGUGCUCUGGCUGAUCAGCUAAUGCAGCCUCCAGAUCAGGAGGGGGCAAGCGCAAGCGAGGUAAGCAGCUCUGAAGAAGACCCUCAAGGCGUGGCGAAGGCACUGACCGACACUUUCUGGGAGGUGCAGAAGUGGACCGAGCUCACCGACUCCAAGGUCCUGACGUUUUCCUACAAACAUGCUCUAGCUAAUAAGAUGUACGGACGAGCCCUAAAAUACGCUUCCAAAACUGUAGAGGACAAACCUAACAAAGAGAACUGGAAAAACUGCAUCCAGUUGAUGAAAUCUCUGGGAUGGAUGCACUGUGCCACCUACACUGAGAACUGGCUGCCCAUCAUGUACCCUCCAGACUACACACCUUUUUAAACAACGUACCUCUGCUUUACUCCGUCCACCACCCCACCCCACCCCACCCCAGCUACACAUCGCACCCUGAUAUACCUAACGACAGUAUGCACACCUUUAAAUGCAGUACGGAAUUUUAGAGCCUGACUUCUCACAGUGGUCAGAACUGCACGCUCAUCACGCUGACGAGCGCGUCAUUGCGCGUUCACACAGAACAAUAGGACUAACAUUUCAGUCUGAUAACUCUUUUUUUUGUUUUGUUUUUUUGUUUUUUUGUUUUUUUGUUUUUUUGUUUUUUUUUAAGGGGUGGAAUUCCAUGUGAGGGACUUUUUUAUAGAAUUGUGUAAUCUCUGGUCCCAGAACCAUCUGGAGUGCCAAUUUAAUCACUGAAUUUGAAUUCGGGACUCUUUGAAUGGAUGUGUUGAAGUGCAGACAGAUAAUCAACCCCAUUUCCCCUCGUUUACCUUAUAGUACAUUGUAUGCAUGUUUUUAUGAAGACCGACGGGCAUUUGUGCCGUAAACGCUCACGGCUUUCUGUUUUCUGCAUCGGCUAAGUUAGACUGGGCUGUUCUACGUGUCUGAGUCCACAUCUCGCCUUAUUAUGGCUGUAAAAGUACAGAAUAGCGCCGUCUUAGAGCUUGUUUCUGAGCGAUGCUAAUUGUGUGGAAUAUAUUUUUAACUUAUUUGUUUUGUUUGUUUUUUGUUUGCAUUGUCAUGUUGCUUCAGACAUUGUUUACUUUUAUGAAACCUGGUUGUAUCAUCACAGCAGCAAAGUUUUAAUGCAAA